AUGAGAGGAGUGAAAGCCAGGCUCACUCUAAGAGCAAACAGUGUACCCAAAUUCUGCCCACCACGCAAUGCGCCAUAUGCUCUUCGACCGCGAGUGGAAGCUGAGCUGACACGCCUCACUGAGCUUGGCGUCAUCUCACCUGUGGCGCAUAGUGACUGGGCUACGCCAGUGGUGCCUGUGAACAAGAAGGACGGCGCCGUGAGACUCUGCGGGGACUUCAAAGUCACCAUCAACCCAGCUCUCUGCAUCGACAAGUACCCAAUUCCACGUAUUGAGGACUUGUUUGCUACUCUCGCUGGAGGUCAACGCUUCAGUAAACUGGAUCUAUCUAAUGCAUAUCUACAGAUGGAAGUAGAAGAGAGCUCCAAGAAGUUGCUGACCAUCUCAACACAGAAAGGACUGUUCUGCUUCAACCGCUUGCCGUUUGGUGUAGCGUCAUCGCCCGCCUUGUUCCAGAAGGCAAUGGACCAGGUGCUCCUCGGACUGCCACACACUCACUGCUACCUGGACGACAUACUGGUCAGUGGUCCUGACAAGCAGACACACCUGAAAACUCUGGAUGCAGUACUCAGCAGGCUAGAGGAAUACGGCCUGCACCUCAAGCAAGAGAAAUGUCUCUUCUUCCAGGAAUCCGUGGAAUACCUGGGCCACAUCAUCGAUGCUGCUGGGCUCCACAAGUCACCGGAGAAGGUACGUGCCAUUGUGGAAGCACCAGCACCAGGCGAUGUAAGUAAACUUCGAUCUUUCCUAGGAAUGCUAAACUAUUAUGGACGCUUUAUCCCUGAUCUGGCCACUGUGCUAAAGCCGUUGAAUGAACUGCUGAACAAAGAAAAGAAAUGGCAGUGGACGUCAGCCUGUGCAUCAGCGUUCCAGAAAGCCAAAGCACUCCUGGUAUCACAAGAGGUGCUCACACACUACAACCCUGAGUUGCCUCUCCGUCUCGCUUGCAAUGCUUCACCCUAUGGGGUCGGAGCUGUUCUCUCGCAUGUCAUGCCGGAUGGCGAUGAAAAACCCAUCGCCUAUGCAUCCAGAACUCUCAGCAAAGCAGAACAAAACUACGCUCAGAUUGAGAGGGAGGCGUUAGCGAUAGUCUUUGGAGUACGCAAGUUCCACCAGUACCUGUAUGGCAAUACAUUCACGCUACUCACUGACCAUCGCCCGCUUACAACCAUCUUCAGUCCAGUGAAAUGCACACCAUCCAUGGCUGCAGCUCGCAUGCAACGCUGGGCGCUCAUGCUUUCCGCUCACAAUUACACUAUUGAGUACCGAAAGGGGGCCCUACAUGCCAACGCUGACGGACUGUCAAGGUUACCGCUCCCUCAUGCCCCCAGUGAGAAACAAGGUGCAGUGGAGGUGUUCUACACGUCACAGUUGGACACAUUGCCAGUCAGCAACGCCGAGAUCAAGCGUCACACCAUGUCGGAUUCCACCCUGUCCCGUGUCAUGGAAAUGGUCACAACUGGUCGUUUUCCAGCUGCAAAGGACGCAGGUGAGCUGUCUCCCUAUCUCCAGCGCCGCCAUGAUCUCACUGUGCAGCACGGAUGCCUUAUGUGGGGGUUGAGAGUGAUUGUGCCACCCAAACUGCGCCCCCGGGUGCUGACAGAGCUACACUCAGCACACCCAGGUGUAGUAAGGAUGAAGAGCUUAGCUCGUAGCUACGUUUGGUGGCCCAGCAUCGACUCCCAGAUCGAGCACCAAGCAAAAUCAUGCCACUCAUGUCAACGAGUGCAGAAAGACCCUGGCCUAGCACCCUUACACCCGUGGAUGUGGCCAUCCAGUCCUUGGGAACGGAUACAUGUGGACUUUGCAGGUCCAUUUGAAGGGCACAUGUACCUGGUCAUAGUGGACGCACACUCCAAAUGGCCCGAGGUGCACAUCAUGGAUAGCACCACAUCCAGCAAAACCAUCCAAGUGCUUAGGGGACUUUUUAGUCGCUAUGGCAUUCCACACAGUCUUGUAAGCGACAACGGCCCUCAGUUCUGCUCUGAAGAAUUCAGCACGUUUCUGAAAGCCAAUGGAGUCAAACACAUUCGCUCAGCACCAUACCACCCUGCCUCCAAUGGCUUGGCAGAGCGAUUUGUGCAAACCUUCAAGCACGCUCUGAAAUCUUCCAGAGGAACUACACCAGUGCAGCAGCGUCUGGAUACGUUCCUCCUGACCUACCGUAACACCCCCCAUGCAACAACCAAGGAAAGCCCUGCAAUGCUGUUCAUCGGACGCAAGCUGCGUUCUCGACUGGAUUUCCUGAAACCAAGUAUGGCUGGAACAGUGCACCAGUCACAAGAGGCUCAACAGCAACGACGCCAGCUACACUCUAAACAGAGACAGUUUGAACUUGGUGAGCCAGUGCUCGUGCGUGAUUAUAGGAGGGGGGAGGAUAAGUGGACGCAAGCUGUGGUGAUCGAGAAGACCGGACCAGUGUCCUACAAGGUACAUGUGGGUACACAAGGGGUCUGGAAGCGUCAUGUGGACCAGAUGCUGACUCGGCCCGAGUCAGACCCACCAGAGACUGCAGGGAGUUUUCCUGUGAGUUGUCCGCUGUCACUUCCUCAGACAACCACACCUGACCCAAAUACACCUCAACAGAAGGAGGAUACUGAUACAGUGCCACACACACCACAUGCACCACCAAAAACACCCAAAACACUCAAGACACCACAGUCCACAGAAAUGACACACACAGAACAUUCAGAGACAACAGGGACUGUACGACGAUAUCCUGUGAGGAUCACACGUCCGCCGGUACGUUACAGGGAUCAGUAAACUUA